GAGUGAGUCUUAAAGAUCGUGUAAAAUGGUUACACUAACAAUCUGUUUGAGACAUGAAUAUAUAGACAUAUAAAAAAGAAUAUUCAUUAUUCAUCGAUAACGCCAAACUGGCAUAAACGAUGUCCUAUAAAUAUUCAAGCCCAGCCGCGGCCGCUGGCCUAUUGAUGCAAAUAUUAACUUUCUGAAAGCCACUUAGCGUGAUACACGCCGGUCGUAGACUUGACUCAGUUUGGUGCCAAGCAGACUGCUUGUCUGGGAGGAAGGAAACGUGAAAAGAAGCGAAGAGGAUGAGCGUAAUCCUGCCUACUUCCUGGAAUCACUAGACAUUAACAUGUGUCAGUAACCAAGGCGUCACUCCUGCGAACAUACCCCAUUCCCGACAUGGAAUAUUAACUGGAAAUUAAGACUUAAGCCAAGUCUAUGUAGCCAACAAGCGAUUGUAUUUGUUUUACGCCGGCAAUAACUAGGAAAUCAUUACUGCGGCUCUAGUGAGAAGCGCAACUUGACAUAAAACAGACGACGUCGGACGAGGAACGAAAAAACUCCGCUGUAGUUGUUUGCGAUUGUUUGUGGCUCUUUGAAUCGCUAUGGAUAACUAUGUGGGUCGGUGGGAACUCAUGCCAGAACAAACAACCGGCUUUGACGAAUUUAGCGAUGCUUUAGGGACCCCGAAGGAGGGACGUGAGGCGUUCCGGAAUCUCGUGUACAUCCUGGAGUAUGCCCGGGAAGGCGACAAGUGGACGGCCACAGCAGAGAUCAAAGGUCAAGGCCACCCACGGACCUACGUGUGGUCCCCCGGCGUCGAGUUCGAGUACGAAGGGCUGGACGGAUCUAAAAUGAAAAGUACAAUUUCGUGGGACGGCUCGGUUUGUCACGAGAAACACGCACAGGUGAACGGCGGUGAGUGGACCUCGACCAGACGACUUGAAGGGGACGUAAUCGUGCUGAGCUCAAUAUGCAAAGGGAAAGAAAUGGUUCAGAAGUUUAAGCGAAUCUAAGGAGACGUCGUCCACGACAGUGACACAAUUCAUUUCGUCUGUGAUUAUUGUUCGUACCAGUCUGAGACAAUUUCAACAAAUAUGACUCUCUCAAAAUCAAUGUUCUGCUUUCGGUAAUUAAUAAUUGCGCUUCAUAAUUAACCGCUGAUUAAACGUGCGCGUUUUAGGCUUUCUACAAAAUGUAUUGCAUUUACUGAGGUUUCGUCUAAUUUGUGAAAGGUCCAACAUAGCCCGAAAACUCUGACCGUAAGCAAGCAAAACGGACAGGUGGACAGUCGUAACACCCACUAUAACUGUCCACAUGUCCGUCGUGCUGUCUCACGGUCACAGUAUUCGGGCUAAGCCCAGGAGAAGUAUGUUCUUCUCGAAUUAUAUGUCAUUUGCUUACAUUGUCAUAAAUCAUUUAUGUUCAGCUUAGGCCUCCGGUUAUUGUUAAUGUGCGUUUAGUGUAUGGUUAUUGGAAAUUAAAAAGUCAGUAUUAUAAUGAGGAAAAAGAAACAAAUGUGUGUUCAACAAAAACUUCAGAAUAAUUUAAACAGCUUUUUGGUAUUUUAACAUAUUGUGGUUGUUUUGUCACCAGGGGAGUAAUUCACAAAGCUCUCGUAGGCUCUGCUAGACAACAAAGUAUCCUCUUUGCAAGUCUUUUAGCAUUGUGCACUGCGAGAUCGCAAAGUUGCGAGAGUUACGAGAGUUUCGUGAAUUAGGCCAAUGGUAUGCAAAGGAAGGAUAAAGAAUGUUUGUUAAAUGACCCAGCAGCACAUUUUAAAGUACAACUGUUUGGUGUCUAACACUGGGUAUUGGAACACAUCAUCUAGUUAGUGAUGGAAUGUUUGUUAAAUGACCCAGCAGCACAUUUUAAAGUACAACUGUUUGGUGUCUAACACUGGGUAUUGGAACACAUCAUCUAGUUAGUGAUGGAAUGUUUGUUAAAUGACCCAGCAGCACAUUUUAAAGUACAACUGUUUGGUGUCUAACACUGGGUAUGGAACACAUCAUCUAGUUAGUGAUGGAAUGUUUGUUAAAUGACCCAGCAGCACAUUUUAAAGUACAACUGUUUGGUGUCUAACACUGGGUAUUGGAACACAUCAUCUAGUUAGUGAUGGAAUGUUUGUUAAAUGACCCAGCAGCACAUUUUAAAGUACAACUGUUUGGUGUCUAACACUGGGUAUUGGAACACAUCAUCUAGUUAGUGAUGGAAUGAAUGAAUGAAUGAUUGAAUGAAUGAAUAUUUAACGACAUCCCAGCACGAAAAAAGAUCUUCUUCUGUCUGUUGAUAACGAGUAUUUCUACCGAUCAUUUAGCGUUGUGCCAUGUUUCUUGUUCGUCACUUGAGAUUCUCGUCAUAGGUCGAUAUGACCUACCGGUACAAAAUAGUUUGUAAGAGUUUAGCGAAAAAAACAACAUUGGCUGAAUUUAGGCAUGUCUUGCUCGCAUACAAAUGAUUAAAAUGUCACGUGGUUGUUUUAAUGAUUUCAAUUUACAAAAUACACAGUCAAUCGGUAGUCACUGAAUAUAUUAAAAAUAGCGUCAAUGACACGUGGUCGUGUCGCAUCAGUUUAAAAGGUAAAUCGCAACCGAAUUAGGUUAGACAGUGGGAUUUCAAGUAACCCGAUCUAUUGGCAACGUCGUUGGACAGAUGCCAAAGAAGAAGUUUCCAAAGGGUUUUUUAAAAGACGUGUUAUGAUAGUCUGCCUACAGGGAUAAGUGUUCGCAUAUGCACAUCUGAAUCGGUCAAUUCAAUAGAGGACCAGCUCCACAGUACAAAGUGUAACGGGAAAACAUUGUUUUAAUUUUCGAAGAGUAACAACCACGAAGUAGAGUCGUGCCUUUGUUGGACACAUUUAAACAGUUCUUAACAUGGACACUGUAAUGUAGUUCAUUCGAAAUCGAAAAUAUGUGAAAUCCGGUUCUUAUUGAAUUUACUGAUUCAUUUUGUGGCUAGCGAGAGAGAGAGAGAGAGAGAGAGAGAGAGAGAGAGACAGAGAGAAAGAGAGAUAUUGAGAUAGGGGGAAGAGAGGAGGGGGAACAGAGAGAGAGAGAGAGAGAGAGAGAGAGAGAGAGAUGGGUGAUAUCUUCACUGGUUUCUCUGACCACCAUUGUCUGCUAGCACAAUAAAGACUAAAUUGAUGUGCGUGUUCAACACUAAAUACUGAAGUUGAUUUACGUUCUGUGGUUUGCUAAGCAUCUACUCAUGCAUUAAAGUCUUGCCUACAUUG